CCACCCUUGCUGUCUACCUUUGGGCGGGACUGGGGGGGGGUGAUGAGAUACUUGGGCGGUGACAGUGGAAGUGGCGACAGCAACGGCAAUUGCAGUCACAUCCACGACCGUAACCAUGGCCGAGAAUCAUGUUCCGAAUAAAGCCAAGCUCAUCUCUGAGACUCGACGGAGAUUUGAAGCUGAGUAUAUGACAGACAAGUCAGAUAAAUAUGACCCACGCGAUGUUGAAAGGUUUCAACAAGAUGAUAACUGGGUUGAAAGUUACUUAUGUUGGAGACAUUACAGUGUAGAUGAAACACUGAAGAUGCUCGAUGAGAGUUUUCAGUGGAGGAAAGAAAUUUCUGUCAAUGACCUUAAUGAAUCCUCCAUUCCUAGAUGGUUAUUGGAAAUGGGUGUUACUUAUCUCCAUGGAUAUGACAAAGAAGGUAACAAAUUGCUUUGGAUCAGGGUGAAGUAUCAUACAAAAGACCAGAAAACCAUAUUGGACAAAAAAAAACUCAUAGCAUUCUGGUUAGAACGUUAUGCUAAGAGAGAAAAUGGGAAACCUAUCACAGUGAUGUUUGACCUGUCAGAAACUGGAAUAAAUAGCAUCGACAUGGACUUUGUACGCUUUAUCAUCAACUGCUUUAAGGUUUAUUACCCUAAAUACCUCUCAAAAAUAGUGAUCUUUGAUAUGCCUUGGUUAAUGAACGCUGCUUUCAAAAUUGUGAAAAGCUGGCUUGGUCCAGAAGCCAUGAGUUUGUUGAAGUUCACAGGCAAAAAUGAAGUCCAGGACUAUGUCAGUGUAGAGUACCUCCCUCCACACAUGGGCGGAGCUGAUCCUUUCAAGUACAGCUAUCCACCCCUAGUGGAUGAUGACUUCCAGACACCAUUGUGUGAGAAUGGGCCUAUUACCAGUGAGGAUGAAACUUCAAGUAAAGAAGACAUAGAAAGUGAUGGUAAAGAAACCUUGGAAACAAUUUCUAAUGAAGAACAAACAAGUCUUCCCAAAAAGACUAACCCAGCUGAAUCUACUUCCAAAGCAGAAGAAAAUGAAAAAGUUGAUUCAAAAAUAAAAGCUUUUAAGAAACCAUUGAGUGUGUUUAAAGGACCCUUAUUACACAUCAGCCCAGCAGAAGAACUGUAUUUUGGAAGUACAGAAUCUGGAGAGAAGAAAACUUUAAUAGUGUUGACAAAUGUAACUAAAAAUAUAGUGGCAUUUAAGGUGAGAACCACUGCUCCAGAAAAAUACAGAGUCAAGCCAAGCAACAGCAGCUGUGACCCGGGUGCAUCAGUUGAUAUUGUUGUGUCUCCCCAUGGGGGUUUAACAGUCUCUGCCCAAGACCGUUUUCUGAUAAUGGCUGCAGAAAUGGAACAGUCAUCUGGCACAGGCCCAGCAGAAUUAACUCAGUUUUGGAAAGAAGUUCCUAGAAACAAAGUGAUGGAGCAUAGGUUGAGAUGCCAUACUGUUGAGAACAGUAAACCAAACACUCUGACGUUAAAAGACAGUGCUUUUAAUGUGUCAGAUAAAACCAGUGAAGAUAUAUAUCUACAACUCAAUCGUUUACUAGAAAGCAAUAGGAAGCUUGAAGACCAAGUUCAGCAUUGUAUCUGGUUCCAGCAGCUGCUGCUUUCCUUAACAAUGCUCUUGCUUGCUUUUGUCAUCUCUUUCUUCUAUUUGCUAUACAGUUAAAGUGGUGGUGCCUGGGUAGGAAACACGGCUCCUUCAUCUAUUAGUUGGAAAAGUAACAGAUCUAAAACUUCUCCAAGCUACUAAAAAGUAUUGCACAUCUGGGCUUCCUAAUAAAAACAAAUGUGCAACAUAUAGAUGGGAACAUAUAUUGGUCUUAAAAAUAAACUGUUAGAAUAAAGAAGUGCUGGAGAAAUUGGUUAUAAGAGACUAUAGCUAUUUAGUAAGGUAAAGGCAUAGCCAUUGUAUAAAUUAAUAGUUUAGAUAUAAUUUAUUUUUUCCUUUUGAUUUGAAUACUUUUAAAGCCUAAGUCUUAUCAUGUAAAUACAUUAGCUGAAAAGUAUAACAUUCUUUGUUGCAGCAAAAAAAUGUAAUCCGCUUUUUUAUGACAGAAUUAUUAUAGCUGAGUCAACUUAUUAGCUUUUCUAUACUAUGUAUAUAGAAGAACAUGUAUAUUGAAAAAAACAGGAAUUUAUGUAAUCAUGACUUUGUAAUUUUGAGAAUUACUUCCAGAUGAUAGCCAAUAUUCUUUUGAAAUGUAAACCUAUUUAAUGCCAAACCACCUUAGCCUUUGUUUCUCAGUGUUCCUUAACAGCCUGCCUUUAUUAAUCUUGGGCUUUUUUAUGAACACUCUUCAUUUCCAUAGCACUUGGAAAACUAAGUGUGGUUGGAUUUUCUUUGAAUUCUGUUAAUAAUGCCCAGAAGGAAAGUAUCUUCAAGCAGUCCCCCCCUUUCUAGUCAUUUUUAUGCACUUUCAUGUUGUCUACUAUGCCUGUCUGGACCUGAACCCUUUGUCUAAUUUAUUAUAAAGGCCUGAUCCUUUGUUGUUCCAUCUUCACCCUCAUUGCAAAGCAGAGGAAUCUGUGGACAAUAAAUUGCACUAUCUUCACCCUUGUUGAAAUGAAAGGCAUUAGAUAAAAUUUUUUCAAACUUUUGUUUUCAAGAUACUAAGCAGAAUAAUUAGGUUUCAAAGUGUUCCUUAUUAAAACCAGCCAUGAGAAGGAAACUUACAGAAGAUUAGAAUGUCUAUAAGGGUGAAAAGGGAAGAAAAAAACACAAAUAUACAUGCUCAAGUCUCAGCUCUUCAUUUAAAGAAUGAAAAAUACAGGCAGCGCCUGUGGCCCAAAGGAGUAGGGCACUAGCCCCAUAUACCAGAGGUGGUGGGUUCAAACCCAACCUCGGUCAAAAACUGCAAAAAAAAAAAAAAAAAAGAAUGAAAAAUACAACUCACCAUGGCCUGCAAAACUUUCAGACCAGGACUCAAACAGUGACUUGAUAUUUUGGCUUUGAUGCAAUAAAACCCACCCAGUAUGGUUCCUAAAUUCCUAGAAAGACACACCUUGCAGUAGCAGAGGCUAAUGAAAUUAGUCUUCUCAUUAAUGUGACCAAUUUCAGGCCAUGUUGGUUCACAUGUACGUCUACUUUAUACAAAAGAAAAAAGUCUGCCUAUAAAAUAGAGUUUGAGUUGGGCGGCACCUGUGGCUCAAAGGAGGAGGGCACCAGCCCCAUAUACCAGGAGUAGUGGGUUCAAGCCCGGCCCUGGCCAGAAACUGCAAAAAAAAAUCUAUAAAAAUAGAUUGAGUUGGGCAGCACCUAUGGCUCAAAUGAGUAGGGCCCUGGCCCCUUAUGCCGGAGGUGGCAGGUUCAAACCCAGCCCCGGGCAAAAACUGCAAAAAAAAAAAGUUUCCAUUGAGUCAUGUUUGGAGAUUACUAUUCGGAGGUGUAGAGUUAUUACUUUCAUCCUAAAGAAGUAGAUUCUAAAACUGAGUUAUGAAGAAUGAUAUAAUAGAGUUCCUUCAAAAUUUGCCUAGGAAAAAAAAAUUUGCCUAGGAAAUAAAACCUUAAAAGGACACUGGUGUGCUGCUUUGUCUUAAUUUGGACUUUUCUGUUUCAGUUUGCCACCUCCAGAUGUGAAACAGACUGCAGUCCACCCUAAGUACUGUGCACAGUAUCUCCUUGUGUGUGUGCACAGUGGCUUCCCCUUCCAUGGUAGAUUUUUGGCCUUAAUAUAAUCUAAUCUCAAAGUAUUUGUGUAUAUUUUCUGUUCCUCAGCAAAUAAAUGAGGAAAUAAUUACCCAAGAUUGGAAAUGUGCUGUCCUAACAGUGUCCCUUUAAUGUUUCACAUGAAUAUUAUGUUGACCCACUAAAAGAUCUUUGCUCAAUGUCUGGUAAGUUAAUUUUAAUAACAUAUCUUGUUAAUGUUUGUGUGUCUAUUAAAUGUGACUAAGCAGAAUUACUGAAAAUGAUAAAAUCAAAGGCAUCUAAACUUUUGUAUUUGUUUUGAUUAAUCAUGUAUUUACACUAGAUUUUAUUCUGUCUUCCUUUGGUUUCCUUUAAUCAUAGUUGCAUGAUUAUUAUUUUUGGUACUCUAAUCUUUUCAUUUUUAAUCAUGUCAUUACCUGUUCAUGAUCAAAUUACCAAGGACCAACAUUAGUAGCUUUUCCAUGAAAGCAUUAAUAAAGUAUCAUUAGCUUGACCUGCAAGUAGCCUAAAAAAUGCAAUCGCUGGUAAACCUAGCCUCAAAUUUCAUAAUAUCAUAACUGUUUUUAUAUCUUGCCACUAAUUUUGACUGGAUUUAAUAGCACUUUAUUGUACAAUUACAAAAAAAUAUAUUCCUAGAAUUGUUGCCAGUGUAA